AUGGCUGGGAAGAAGAAAGGGGGAAAGAAAAAGGGAGGAAAGAAGAAGAAGGCAGCUGAGAAGAAGGAGAAGGGCAACCUGGUUCCGGGAAUGGUGGCGGGCGGGAUGCCGCUGACAGCGCUCACGCCACAGGGCCGCUCCAUUGAGGUCGCCGAGCUGCGGUUCGCAACAGUCAAGUCCUUGAAGAACCAAAUAUCAGAGGCGGGACAGAUGCCGGCAGAUACAAUGCGCUUGUUCGUGCAAGUGGCGCCAACGGAAGCGUCGGCAUCAGGCUCGGGCGUCCGCUGCGUCAAGGACAUUGAGGGCUACAAGCCAGACUGGAAGUGGGAAAGGAGCAUGCUGGUGAAGGAGCUGCAUGACGAUUGGACAUUGGAGAUGAGCGGGCUGCGCCCCACCAACAUGGUGUACUUGCUGCGCAAACUGCCUGCCCUGCAGACCCUAUCCCCCUUCCACCCAGCCCGCAGUCCCGCGUGCACGUGCCAUGAGACCAGCGGACCCUCGACCACGCCGAAGCAGCCGGAGCGCAACACCUCCGCCGCCAAGCCCCCGCGAAAGCCGUGCCCUGUAUGCGACGGCAAGACCGCCGUUGAGCGGUUUCGGGAGCAGGUUCUUCCCAAGCCGCCACCGCCCCUCGUCCUCCGAAACUCUGUGGCUCUCAGCCCCGCAGCACACCGCGCAAGCCAACCAUGA